AUGGCAUCGUACGGGGUUGUAACGCCACCGCCUGAACGUCCGUUGACCCAAGCUGAGCGUGACUUGCUCCAGUCCGACCGACCAGGUUAUGGGUCUUGUAGUGUGGUGGAAGUGUCGUUCAAUCUAGUCAAUGCCACCGUGGGUGCCGGCAUCAUUGGCUUACCCUUUGCUGUGUAUCAUGCUGGGUUUUUUAUCGGUAUUGCCGUCUCCGUCAUCGUCGCCAUCCUUUCACAAUUGGGGCUGUAUAUGCUCAUUCGAGCUGGUCAAAGAACCAAUAUCUACAAAUUUGCCAUGCUCGUCGAAUACCUGAUGGGUCGCCCAGGCUACCAUUUUCUAAACUUUAUUGUCUUUUUCCAAGCCGCUGGCGCCUGUGUUAGUUAUUUUAUUUUGGUCGGUGACACCAUUCCCGUUCUCCUCACCUUGUAUUUUCCACAAUAUUCCAUUUUUGCCAAUCGAUCACUGGUUAUUGCCGUGAUUUCUUAUGUAUUUAUAUUACCAUUGAAUCUGUCACGGUCCAUUGGUGCUUUGGCACGGUGGUCCAUCUUGUCGGUGCUGUGUCUUCCUGUGAUUCUGCUGACCAUGCUCAUUCGUGCGCCCGUUUAUGCACCUGAGCACCGUGCGCCCCUGACGUGGGUAGGAUCGGACAUUUUUGGCGCUUUGGGGAUCAUGGCAUUUGCCUUUGCGUGUUCCCAAGUGGCCUUUGAUAAUUUCCGAAGUCAGAAAGAUCAAUCGUCUUCUGGUUGGGCCAAGUCCACCACCUUGGCCACCAUCAUGAGUUGGUUCGUUUCCAUGGCAUUUGCCGUGCUGGGCUAUCUCAGUUUUGGCGUCGAUGUUCAGCCCAAUCUGUUCCUGAAUUUCCCCAACGAUGAUCCUAUUGUCAAUAUCGGCCGUUUUGCCCUGGGCUUCAGUAUGCUGCUCACCAUCCCUAUGGGAUUUUAUCCGACGCGAGAAGCGGUUCAGAAAUCACUGGGUUUCGAAACGGCCGAUCGACAGCCGACGAAAAUGCAGCAUUACAUCGUCACGUUUGUUUUAUUCACCGUGAUUACCGCUGCGGGAAUUGCCAUACGAUCCAUCGGCCAAGUGUAUGCUAUCGUGGGAGGCUUUGCAGCGACAACGUUGGCCUACAUUCUUCCCGCCGCGUCUUAUCUCGUCACACGACGUGCCGUUCCAUUGGAAGACGAAGCCGCGAAAAAGCCAUUGUUAGCCCACGACCCACCUACGGAUGCGGCAUCGUCUUCGUCAUCCACCUCCUCGUCCUCACCCCUUCCUUCACCGAGCGCCAAAGAUAAUGUGGCCUGGUCAGAUGAAUCGGGUACGGGCCGUGCGGGUGCACUGAUGACAACCCGAUGGUCGUGGCUCGAUAUGGCAGCUGUGUUGCUGAUCAUCUGGGGAUUCAUGGUGAUGAUUUUUUCAGUGUCUGGUGCUCUCCGCUCGUCCAAAUAG